AUGUAUAAGACUCUUAGUGUUAUUCUUCUUGUUGUUGUUGGUAUUUCGAAUGUUGCUUGUUCAUUCAAUACUCCCUCGAAAAAUUUACAACAUUUUCCAUCUGAUAUUCGAGGCAACAAUGUUGGUAUUGAUCUUUGUCCAACAUGUAUAAAUGAAGCUGUAGAAGCAAUUAAUGUUAUACUCAAUGUAAUUCUUGAUGAAGGCAUUAUAGAAAGUUGUGAAAAAUUAUGUAGUAUUGUUGCUAAUAAAACAGGUGUACCAUUUAUUGGCACUGUAUGUGAUCUAGCAUGUGAUGCUGUUGGUAUUGAUGAAUUUAUUCAUUUAAUUAUUGCAGUUGAUAUUGAUCCGAUUUGGUAUUGUGAAAUGGCUCGUUUGUGUCCAAUUAACGACCAUGGUGAUGCUAAAUUUAUAAAAUUUGGUGUUUUACCAAAUACAGGUCCACAAGGUACAACAUUUAUGAUUGAUUGUUCAUUCAAAUCUAUGAAUGGAACUGGUACAAGUAUGCUACGUUUGGAAAUUACUGAUCCUCAUAAUGAAACAGAGAGUAAUGAUUAUUUGAUUGAAUCUAAAAAACCUGGUAUGUAUACUGAAAAAAUUGGUCUUAGAACUUUAACUGCUUUGAAUUGUGAUUCGACAAAAGGACUUUGUGAUGCGUUUCCAGUUGGUACCUAUAAUGUCACUGUACAAUUGUGUAAUGGAGAAUGCGGUUCACAUCAUCCACAUUCACAAACAUAUGAUGUUGGAAAAGCUUCAUUUACUGUUACGAAAAAGAAAUAA